AAAUGCUCAAAACAGGGGGACCACCUCUCCAGCUAACGAAUGGAUGUUUUGAGUCGAGGGAAAGCUUUAAUGACAGUAGAUCAACAUUGGUUGAGGUCCGAUGGGGUAGAGUAGAUGGCCGCCUGAGAGAGAAGAUCAAUUGCCUGUUUUGCCGAGGACAACAAACCAGUGAAGCGAGUGGAAACAGAGGUGCUGCAAAGAUUAGAUAGGCGGCCAAAGAGGGAAGGAAAAUGCUGGUUCUUUACCACUGCUAGAGAGCCUCGUUUAUGUCCAAGAAGACGGCGAACUGAGGUGGUGCAACAAUGGAUCAUGGAACCAAUAAGUAAAACAGAGAGAGAGUGGAAGCUGAGGGAGAGAGAGAAGGAGAAAAUGAGAGAUAGAAACGGUGAGACUGAUGGAAAAUUUGGUAAAACAAAGAGAGAGAGAAUGGAAGUCGAGGGAGAGAGAAGGAGAAAAUGAGAGAUAGAAAGGGGGAGAUCGAUGGAAAGAUAGGGGAGGAAGAAAAGCUAUCGCUACUAUGAAUUGCAGCGGCGGGUGGAGCAGAGGGCAGACCGAGGAGGAGAGGAAGAAGAAGAAGAGAAGAAAGGAAAGAAUAUAUAUAUAUACAUAUACAUAUACAGAAAAAGAGAGAGAAGAGCGAUGCAGUGGAGGGAGGUUACUACCGCUGGUUCGCCGCUUGCAUCGAGUGGAAAAGAUGAACAGUGACUGGUUGAUUUGAUUUCGGUAGUUCCCAAUUAGGUUAAACCAAAAAUUUGUGUUGGCUUUUAUAACCAGCUUGUCCCUCCUCUCCAUCUCCCUCUUUCUGUCAUUCAGGCGACACAUCGACAACCUUAGCGCGAGAGCGAGCAGCAACGGCAACGGCACACAUGAACCCGCCGACACCGCAUUCGAUGUCUUCGCCGCAUACACCUUGUGCCAUCCUUGCACAAUCAUGCACUUCUGUAAAGAGUAUAUCUCAGAUCUAAGAUUCCAUCUAUCUAGCAAGGGGGUUUCUAUUGAGUGUCACUCAGAUAUGAGAUCUGAAUUUCUCAGAUCUAAAAGGAACCACAGUUUCGUCUACUUGAAUUUUAGGGAGGUUGUCGUGGCCCAAUUGGCUCGGAGGUUGUCGUGCGCUGGUGGUGUAGCACCAUCAUCGACGACAAUUGCAGUGAUUACAGAAACACCGACAUCCUCUCCCAUAAAGACGAAUAGUGUAAUAUUGUGUAUAAAAAAAAAUAUAUCUCAGUGGUGUUAUAUGUGUACGGAUUUCGACGGAAUAUUAAUGGAUGCUAAUGGUAAGAUAGAAUUAGUCAGGUGUAGAUUAGUCAAUUUACCCUUAUGGAUCGAAUCGAAGUCGACCCGGUUCGAGCCUUGUCUGCCGAGCUCGUCUCCACCCGUAGCCGUGGAAAUUUACUGCCGGCGAAAGAUCAUUCUGCGCCACAGUGGCAGUAAACAAAUCGAUCCAGAGAGAAGCCUUAGAUGGGGAAAUACUCUCUCUGCUUUAAAUUCACUUUAGUACUAUCCCUCUCUCUCGCUGUUUCGUCGACUUCAUCUUUGCCAUUUCUUCGUCGAACCCACUCGUCUUCACCCUUUUCGAUCAAAGUCUCUUCAUCCCCUCCUAAAGCAUCUGCUUCGGACCUUCUCUCUCUUCUUGGAAGCAGGGAACAAGCUUCAGCAAUCAACCCUGAGGUAGCCAGGGAGCUUAGAUCUUGCUUGAAGUUUCUGGUACCGUUUUCUCCGAUUCUCGCCGAGAAUAAAUUUGAGAGAUUUUCUAGCGGAACAACGUAUCUUCACACCGGAGUCAAGGAUGACCAGCGGAAGUUGUCAAAGACGAUCUCUUGUCUGGACCGUACAGACGAGGAUGGGCUCAUCUGGUGGCCGCCGACGUCAAUGAUGGAGCUUGCUCGUAUCGCCGUUGACUCCGGCGGAGAUCCGGCAGCCAUACACAGAGCCCUAGAUCCGACGAUGUUGCCCGUUCCUGAUGUCGAAGGAUCGGAACUGGAUCAGUGCCAACUCACAAGAACCCCGUACGGUAGACGCUUCAUAGACGAGGAAUUGAAUUCAUACCUUGCCUUCCUGUUUGAAAUAAUUGCUGCUCGUGGCCCUUCUGUCGGAUUGAACGUAUCAUUAGAUCGCUAUGACCUUUUUCAUGGGCAUCUCUUUCUUGCUACGGACACUGGAAGGCUUGGUAUAUUAUUCCAUGCGAAAGAAUAUCCAGCAUAUGAUACGGAAGUUUUCCCCUACAAUAUGGGUUAUUGCCAAAUAGGAAGUAAUGUGGCGUAUGACGAUUCAAUUAAUCUGCGAAACAUUCUUUGGUUGGCUCCUUUGCCAAGCAAUUCCACCAAAGCUUGGUUGGCACCUGGAGUCUUGGUAGUCCUUGAUGCCUCCCCAAGAGGGGUUAUAUAUAAAGAUCUAAUACCAGAGUAUGUCAAAUUUGUGAGAACAAUCUAUGAAGAUGAUUUUGGUGAAGUUGCAGUUGAUGUCAAUUACUUGAAUAUUGGAGAUUCAAUUGCUGAUUACAAGAUUUUCAUUUGCUAAAGCCCUUUUCUAAGUAUGAUGUUUUGCAAAGAGAAAAAGAAAGGAGGAGGGCACCAAGAAAACAGAUAUGAUAUAUUAUGCUGCUAACAAUGUCAUCUAUAUGCAUGCUGAAAACUUCUUCAAUUGAUCAUUGUUUAAAUGGCUGGUGGAACUAAGCUUAAACAGCAGUAGAAGAUGACAAUGUAAUCACUUAGAAAUCAGUCAAUAUUGAACRCCGACUGUUGGGACUAUCACACUGUUGACAGGAAAUGGACACUGUUUGAAGCAACAUCUUUGGAAAACUCCAAAGCAUGCAUAUUCACAUAUUCAUGUUUAUUAUGUAUUUUAUCAAAUUCAAUACAAAACCUUGUCCAGAUUUUCCUUUUCCCC